UGUGGGCAUUUGCUCAGCAGCGUUGAAAAUGGGAGGUGUAGCAAUACCAACAUUGAGUUUGAGCGGUUGCGAGACGCCGAUGCCUGUCAUCGGCAUGGGAACAAUGUCGUAUCCACCUGUCGACAUCGAAACGGCAAAGGCAGCCAUAUUGGAGGCGAUGAGGGCCGGAUACCGCCACUUCGACACCGCCUUUGCUUAUGGUUCCGAAAAGCCGCUUGGCGAAGCCAUAGCCGAAGCCCUGCGCAUCGGACUCAUCCAAUCCCGCGACGAACUCUUCAUCACUACCAAGUUGUGGUCAAGUUUUGCUGACCCAGCACAGAUCGUCCCUGCUUGCAGAAUGAGCCUCCAAAAUCUUCAGUUGGAAUAUGUUGAUAUGUACCUGAUACAUCAGCCAGUGAGGCUGACAGAGAUGAUCAGUAGAACUCCAGUUGCGGCGGAGAUUAUAAGGGCUUUGGAUGUGAAGGGUGUGUGGGAAGGCAUGGAAGAGUGCAAGAAUUUGGGGCUCACAAAGGGCAUUGGAGUCAGUAAUUUUUCUUGCAAAAAGAUGGAGGAAGUCCUCUCAAUCGCCAAAAUUCCUCCAGCAGUCAACCAAGUGGAGAUGAACCCUCUUUGGCAGCAAAAGCAAUUGAGAGAGUUCUGCAAGGCAAGAGGCGUUCACGUUACUGCCUACUCUCCCUUGGGAGCAAACAACACUAAAUGGGGAGACAACAGAAUUGUAGAAAGUGAUGUGCUAGCAGACAUUGCCAAGGCCAAGGGGAAGACAACUGCGCAGGUGGCGCUGCGAUGGGCGUAUGAGCAAGGAGUCAGCAUUGUCACAAAGAGCUUCAACAAGCAGAGGAUGAGAGAAAAUCUUCAAAUAUUCGACUGGGCGCUAAGUACCGAUGAUCUUGAAAAGAUUGACCAACUCCUGCAGCGAAAAGGGGUAACUUUGGCGUCUAUUCUCGGACCCCAUGAUCUUGUUUUGGAGCUUGAUGCCGAGGUUUAAUUGCAGUUGACUCCUCUACUUGUGGUAGCCGUUCAAAUGAAUAAAAAAUUGAGAUUAUUUCUCGGUUUUUUGUUGUUGUGUCGCUUUUAAAAUACUAAUAGGUACAAAUCUCCUAAAAAAAAAGAGAAAAUGAUAUUACUAUUCCUCAAAAUUUAAAAAAAACCCACUGUUUCCCCAUUGGACAGUUAUGUUUCGUUGUUUUUAAAAGUUAAGUGGGUUGUAUUGUCCUCUUUUCUAAGCAGAGUUUUUCGCCUAUUAUUAUUCUAUACAGUGGAUUGUAUUUUAAUUGAGUAUGUUUAUAUGAAAAUUUGAAAGAAAAGAUUUUCAUUCUCUUC